AAGGUUGGUGCUGAUUUUCCUCCGAAGCCGCCAUGGAAUCUGAGGCUGUAUUGAAGCUCUUUGAUUCGUGUUGGUUUGAGAUUAAUAUUUUGAAGAAGAAUUCAAGCGCUGACACAUCAAUUAUUGCAAGUUGUGUUGAAAAUCUAGAUUAUGAUUUAAAAAAAGAAUUAUCAGAACCAAAGCUACCCCGGAUCCAAACCAUUCACAACAGAUCCAUGAGUGAUCAAUCCAUGACAACCACAAGCUUCAACCAUGAUUCUCUUUCACCAGACUCUGUCCUUCUCCAUCCAAAGCUCCAAACCAUUCUCUCAGGAAAAGAAGUCACAGAAUCAGAAUCUCAAUACCCAACACAGAUUACGCACCAUGAUGAGGUGUCGUUACCUAAGAACAAGAAGAAAAUCUCAAGCAAUGGAAUGAGGACGAAAAGGGAAAGCAAGAGCUUGUCAGACCUUGAAUUUGAGGAGCUAAAAGGGUUCAUGGAUCUGGGUUUUGUUUUCUCAGAGGAAGAUAAAAACUCAAGCUUGGCUUCAAUUAUUCCUGGGUUGCAAAGGCUAGGGAAGAAGGAAGAAGAAGAAGAUAACUGUGAUGAGUCAGUGGUUCCAAGACCUUACCUGUCUGAAGCAUGGGAGGUUCAGGAACAUCAUAGAAGGAAAAAACUAAACUCCUUGAUGAAUUGGAAAAUCCCUACAAUCAACAAUGAAACUGAUAUGAAAGAUAGUCUUAGAUUGUGGGCUCAUACCGUUGCUUCCACUGUCAGAUGAUGCAGUUCAUAAUCCAACUCUUUUCUUUUUUCUUUUUCUUUUUUCUGUUUCACAUAUACAUUUUCCUUGUUUUUCUUCAUUUUUCUAUGUAUUUAUUUCCUUUUAAAUUUUUUUUUCUGGAAUUCCAGAUUUUA